AUGGCUGCCAUGACAACGGUGCCCAGCUAUACCCCUUCGCUGUGGGUGAGAAUGUGUCACGCCCUCCCUCGGCUGGACCUCACCAUGCAGAUGAGGGACAACACCUUUGUCCCCGACAGCUGGGAGUAUCAGCAGACUCUGCUGGUUUUGUCCAGUCUAUCAGCCAUCGCUCUUGUCAUCUCCCUCUUGGUGGUUCUCUCCUUCCUCAUACACUACUGCUGCUGCCACCGUGGUGACCGGAGCGAGGGAUCAGAGGAGGAGGAGGAGGAUGAAGACGGCAGCACGGGUCACGGUUACAGUGGGAAGAAGGGGAGGGGCAUCUGCUGUGUCACAUGGGUGGCGGUUGCGGCUGUCACGCUGUGCUGUGUUGCCAUAGGCAUCGGUUUCUAUGGCAACAGCGAAGCUAAUGAUGGGAUGUAUCAGUUGACCUCGUCUCUUCUCACAGCCAAUUAUACGCUAGCUUCCAUCGAUCUGCUGAUUUCAGACACACUUACCGGGUUGCAGAUGUCCGUCUCUGGCCCACUGACCACAAUGGAGGAGCUCUUUACUGGAAGCAAACCCUUCCUGGUCUCCACACGGAACUGCCGGAGGUUAUCUGAGAACGUGAUGAACCUCCUCUCCUCCAUCUCCCUGGCUCGGUCCAGCGUUGACGCAGGGCUGGUGAAUGACAGUGGCAUCAGCGGGGCGUCCAUCAUACCUCUAACCCCAGUACCGCCCUCUGUGGCUCCUACAGUGGUGCCUACCGCCAGCCUAAUGCCCAGCCCCUUCUCACCUGGCUGGGCGGCCAACACGCUGAUGGUCAAUGAGGACUACAGGUGGCUAUCAUACGUGUUGUUGCUGCUGCUUGACCUCAUAGUGUGUCUGUUCAUCCUGCUUGGACUGGCCAAACAAGCCCGCUGGCUGCUCAUCCUGAUGACUGUACUGGCAUGGCUGGCUCUGUUCCUAAGCUGGGGCUCCCUGGGCUUGGAGACAGCCACUGUAGUGGCUCUCAGUGACUUCUGCUCAGACCCAAACACAUUUGUCCUCAACUCAACCAACUUCAACACCGGGACCAGCUCAGAUGUUUUGGAUUAUUACCUGACCUGCAGCAGGCGCAUGAACAGUCCGUUCCAGCAGCUGCUGACCCAGUCUCAGAGGGCACUGUCCAACAUUCACUCACACCUCUCCAGUCUGGACAGAAAUGCUCUCCCGCAGUUCCCCAAAGCUGAGAAAUCGCUUAGGGAGGUUCAACAGAUACUCAACUCCACAGAGGGCAACUUUCAUCAGCUGGUGGCACUACUGAACUGCCGGGGUCUGAAUAAGGACUACAUUGACUCACUGAAAGGCCUGUGCUAUGAUGGCAUGGAGGGAUUGCUCUACCUAUCCCUGUACUCGUUCCUCUCUGCUCUGGCCUUCACUGCUCUCCUCUGCUCACUGCCCGGCGCCUGGAGGAGCUUCCCCAGCGAAUCAGAGGAGUAUGAAGACUCGGACAGCGAGAGUGAGGACCCCUUCACCUCCCAUCAGGCACGUAGACAGACGGCCUCGGGGUCUCAGCGAGGGGCCAUGGCCCCCUUCUAUAAUUACCCGGGGGCCGGGUGGACACCCCCCUUUUCUAGCGCGCCGCCCCUCCCGACUCCAAACGUUUCCUCCAAUGGCAACCCUGGCUAUGAGAGCCUACCCUUGACUGACAGGCAGUCCCCACCCCCCUCUUACUCUCCCAGCAUGCUGACUGGUUACGGGGGAAGUCAAUCACACCCCAACCCUGCCCAUUCGAGGAACCUGUAUUCACGUUGAUUUUUUUUGUUUUGUUAGGAAUUGUAUAGAAAAAAAUGUUUAGUUUUCAUAUGAAUGGACACUUUACUGAAAUGAAAAAGAAACUAAUCUAAAUAAAAUGAAUGCUAGGUGUGAAUUCAAAGUGCGUAACGUCAGUACCACUGAAUACUAUUAUCAUUAUUAGAAGCACUUAAAAGAAACAGAUCUAAAUGGACUGACAAUGAUAGGUACGAACCAAGUCCACUUGGUCUAAAUUAUUUCCCCCUUGUCUGUCCAAACUCUGUGUAAACU